UUUGCGUGACGUGAAAUUACACAAUAUUUGAACAUAUUUACAUUGUGGUAUCUUCAUCAGUUGAUGCCGGUGCAAAUUAAAUACCUUCAUAAAUUAAACUGUUUGUCGUAGCCACACACAAACAGAAACUAAUCUUCCUAUGUAAAGUUUUUCCAUGUGUAUCAUGUUCAUGGUGAUGGAAAACAACGAAUUUGUCAUCGUAUCAUCAAAAAUUAAACACAAGGCAGCUAAGCUUAAGCUGUGACACAUGUCAGACAAGAAAAAUUUAGCACAAUCAGGAUUAUACUUGCGUAAAUCAACUUACUUAAUAAUUGAAUUGAUUGCGUAGUUUAAACAGACAAAAUGAGGUACAUUGCAAGGGUAUUAACUGUUGCCCCACAGGCAACAAAAAUAAGAACAUCUGAAGAAGAAUUAAUGAAUGAAUGGAAAUCGAAAUUAGCAAUUCAACAAACAAAGGCUUAUGAAAUCACACAACGAAUCAUAACAAACAUUCGCAUAUUCUUACUGGGAAAAUCUUCAAAUUACGUGAAACCUAAUAUAUCAGCAAAGGACUGCUUCUUUAUCGUGUGUCAUUUACAGAUAAACAUACGUUUUUUAGUUUAUUACAUUGAUUUAACCUUAGAAUGGGGUGGAUUUCUGGUAUGGAUCGUUUUCACAGCAAUGAACAUCCUAAUCUGCUCCGGUUUGGCUUUCAUGUACACAUUUUUCGGUGACUACACCUCUCGGACAUUCCUCAGCGUCUGGGACAUGAACCCUUUCUUCCAAGGCAUAUCCACAUGUAUGAUAUUCUGGGAAAUGUGCAAAUUAAUCGAAACGGGCUUAAUCCUUGCCAGUGGACUUAUGUCCUUACGAUUAUUCUUCGAAUUAGACUGGGAAAAUACGAUAGUUUCUUACAAACCCCAAAUAUGCAACACAACAGACAAGUUUGGUUAUAAACCUGGCUGGGCUGUCCCGGUCGGAAUAUCAGAAAAAUUCACCCUUAUGGGGUAUAACUUAGUCUCCAAUUCGUACUCCAAUUGGAGUUAUGAUCCCGAACGUGGACAAUUGAUGGGUUUAAUCUGGUUUGCAGUGAUUUUUAUAAGAAUUUUUCAAUAUCAACGUUAUCGCAUAUUUCCACUGAGGGUGGUCUUUGUACUCCUCAAAGUUAUGCUACUAAUUCUUGUGGUUUAUGUUGUUAUUAUGCAUCGAGAUCCUGCAAUUGCUGUGGUUUAUUCAAACGCAUACACAAAUCUUUUUGCAUAUUUACAAAUAUUUGCGUUUAGCAUCAGUGAUUACCUGCCGUCGCACUGGGUGACCAUUGGGUAUCUUCAUCCGAACAUUAGUCAAUCAAGAUUAAUUUGGCGCAUUUCAUUUUAUAAGAUUUUCACUGGAUUUAUGAUAUAUUAUGCAAUACCAUACUUUCUGGCACCAUUCCGGGAAUAUGUACGCAUUGAAGAGGAUAAUUGUCUUAACUUCUUUGGUAUUCACUUUGUUUUCAUUGUAAUACCAAUUGCAAUCGCCCGUAUGCCUGUGAAAUACCUCAGUAUUCUAAUAUAUGCUGGAUAUAUCCUGUUGACACUAUUUGAAGGAGUAUGUUACUUGCUCAUCAAUAUGGAGAUGAUUCUAAUGGCGUCGCAUAUGAAAUCGGUGCUUGUCUAUCGCUUUCGAAAUCUGAUAUUUAUAGUCAGCAGCUUGUUUGUGUACUCUUUAUCGCAAUUAUUAAGUGUUAACUGUAUGCAUUAUGUGUUGCAUUACAUCAACUUCCUUUCGAAUUACUACACGUCUGGAAUAUUGCUUAUUUUAACAAUGCUUGGUAUUGCUAUCUAUGGACUGGAAAGGAUCAAUGCUGAUCAUCAUUUUUUCUUUGGGUGUGCUUACAAUCACUUGAAGUCAACUAAAUUGCUUGUUGUGGUGUGCACGUGUCUUUCUGCUGUGUAUAUUCUAGAAACUGCUAUAUUUCACGUGGAUCGUGAUGCAGUUGAUGGAAUUUACUGGACUAUUCUUGGGAUUUGUUUACUGCCCUUCACUUUUGGAGUUGUUGUUACUUUGUGCCAUAAAAAAUCUUAUCAUGGAUUUUUUCAUCCUUUGACCACGUGGGGACGUCCGCAGGAAUUGGUACGAACUGCUAGGCGACGUAAAGAUUUGCGGAGAAUGUUUAUCUAUCGUACUAAACGAGUGUGUGAUCACAAUUGUCUGCUGAAUCAUCCGAUUCUUAUGCGUGAUGUGAAGAAAGAAAUUAAACUGCGUCAAGAGGUGUUGCAAGAGCAAUUGGACAUGCAAAAUGGACUUUUAAAUAUUUCUCGUGAGCAAUCGAUGCAAUCUUAUUAAACCGGUGUAAUAAUUUUGCUGCAUUACAAAGCAUAAUUGCUGGGACAAUCAUAGAAAAACACUAUUUACUACCUGUAUUUUGUAGUCAUGACUUGUUAUAAAACAGUUAAAAAUAUCUUGCAGAAUAUGUAUAACAAUUAAAUUUAGUUUAAAUGUCUCUUGGCGACAUCAAGGAAAAAACAAAGAUAAUUCUAAGACAA